UGAACAACAAAAAAUCUUAAAUUAUUCUAGGUUAUCUAACAAGGGGCCUCAUAGUCACUGACUCACUGUGCUCAGUGGCAACUCCAGUGAUCGAUUGAGUGGUAAAUAUAAGUUCCUUCUUUUUCAAAAUUGAAGCAAUUUGCUGUCAUGAAUUUACUCAAACUCUCUGCCCGCUCCAUUUCUUCAUCUCCAUCUCCUCCAAAAUUAUCAACACCACCCUCAAAUCUCCCAUGGAUAUCCCCUCUUCACUACCUCAACCCCACCUCCAAACCCUCCCCAACCCCCCCAGCACCCCCCACUCCCACCCCCCCAAAACCCUCCAAAUUCAUCUCCCACCAAACAGCCCUCACUCUAAUCAAAAACCAAAAAAACCCCCAAAAAGCCCUCGACAUCUUCAACAAAGCAGCAGCCCAGAAGGGCUUCAAUCACAACAACUCCACAUACGCCGUCAUUCUCCACAAGCUCGCACUUUUCAAGAAGUUCCAUGCUGUUGAAGCGCUUGUUCAUCAGAUGGGCUAUGAAACUUGUAAGUUUAAUGAAGGUAUUUUUGUGAAUUUGAUGACCCAUUAUGCUAAAUCAUUGAUGUUUCAUAAAGUUGUUGAGAUGUUUGAUUCUAUUGAGGUGGUUGUGAGAGAGAAGCCUUCUCUGAAAGCUAUUAGUACUUGUUUGAAUCUUCUUGUGGAGGCUAAUCAGGUUGGUUUAGCUAGGAGUUUCUUGUUGAAAUUGAGUAAAGAUCGUAACUUUGCGGCGAAUACUUGUGUUUUUAAUAUCUUGGUUAAGCAUCAUUGUAAAAGAGGUAAUCUUGAUUAUGCUUUUGAAGUUGUGGAGGAGAUGAAGAAGGCGGAUGUUUCCCGUCCUAAUUUGAUUACCUACUCGACUUUGAUGAAUGGGCUUUGUGUAAAAGGGAGACUUGAGGAGGCGUUUGAGUUGUUUGAGGAAAUGGUGUCGAAGGAACAGAUAUUGCCUGAUGCAUUAACUUAUAAUGUUUUGAUCACGGGGUUUUGUCAGAAUGGGAAGGUUGAUCGAGCUAAGAAGAUAUUGGAUUUCAUGAGGAAGAAUGGAUGUGUGCCGAAUAUAAUCAAUUAUUCGACAUUAAUGAAUGGGUUUUUGAAGGAGUGUAGGUUUAAUGAUGUCAAGGAAGUUUUUGAUGAGAUAAAGAAUGCUGGUCUCAAACCUGAUAAAAUUUGUUAUACAACUUUGAUUACUUGUCUGUGUCGAUCUGGUGCAAUUGAUGAAGCUAUUGAUGUGCUGCAAGAGAUGAAACAGGAAGAAUGCAGAACUGAUACUGUAAUCUUUAAUGUUAUACUAGGGGGAUUAUGCAGCCAUAAUAGAUUUGAUGAGGCUCUUGAGAUGCUCGAGAGACUCCCCCUCAAGGGCAUUUUUCUGAACAAGGCAAGUUAUAGGAUUGUUUUAAAUUCUUUGAGCAAGGAAGGAGGACUAGAAAAGGCGUCUGGAUUGUUGGUCAUGAUGCUGAGCAGGGGGUUUGUGCCGCAUUUUGCCACAUCAAACGAAUUGCUCGCACAGCUGUGUAAAGCUGGAAGGGCAGCAGAUGCAACCACAAUAUUGUUUGGAAUGAUGAACAUGGGAUUUAAACCAGAGCCCGACUCAUGGAGUCUUUUGAUAGACUUAAUAUGCAGAGAAAGAAAGCUAGUGACCGUAUUCGAACUACUUGAUGAAUUAACUUAAACAGAUUUGUCAUUUAUUUUUUAACUGUCUAUUUAAAAUGAGUGCUAAACUGGCUUCUUGGAAGAAACUGAGGCGUACGAAGAAUGAAAGAAUUUAUUACUGCAAAAAGAUCACAAAACCCAACAUAUUCAAGUAUAAUGAGUUGGUGAGGCUGUAUAAGUUUACCAGUCAGUUGAUGUAUAGAUGCUUAUCCUUCUUGUGUAGAAACAUAUAAUGUAUAAAUAAGAUGGGCUAUGUUAGUCAUGCUUUUACUGUUUAUUUAUAUUUCUAGAUUAAAUUGCUAGAUGAUCAAGUUACUCAUAACCUUACUUGCCUGUAGAUAUGCUGUGGGGCAUAACAUUUUGAUAUGGCAUU